AUGCAAAACGAGUCCAAAAGCGGUGACAAUAGUGUCUCAAGUGAGGAGUCGUCCAAAUUGAUAGAGUUUUUGUGCGAAAUCAAUAAAUUAAAGCAUUUGGACAGAAAGGGAUGGACUAUUCAGGACCGCGCUAUCAAUAAGCCCGAGACCGUCGCCGGACAUAUGUACCGAAUGGCGGUAAUGGCAAUGUUGUAUACGCCCGACACCACUGACACACUCGUCGACCGGAACCGAUUGGUGAGACUGACGCUCAUUCACGAUAUGGCCGAAUGUCUGGUCGGAGACAUCACUCCCUUCGAUGGCAUAUCCGUUGACGAGAAACACAAACUCGAAAACAAUGCCAUGAAUUACUUGGUGUCGUUAUUGCCGGCGAAGAGUAGCGAAGAAUUCAAGGAUCUGUUCGAUGAGUACGAGAGACAGGAGACACCCGAAGCCAAGAUUGUCAAAGAGUUUGAUCGCUUCGAUGUCAUGCUUCAGGCCUUUCAAUACGAACAGCUCGAGUACGAGACCAAAGGCCGUGUGAUUCGCUUCCAAGAGUUCUUCGACAACGCCGUCGGAAAGAUUGUGUCCAAACAAUUGGUUCAAAUGUGGGAUCAGUUGAAUGAAAAUAGAGCUCAAUUCUGGUCUAAAGUGCAAUCCAAUGGCGAACCAAAAUAAUUGAUACAUUAGUUUAAUGAUUAUUCUAGUAAUU